AUGUCGAAUUUCUCGGCGGCGCUGCGACUAACGGACCUGAACGACUUUAUCGCACCAUCGCAGGCAUGCGUCGUCACCGCACUGGGGCAGCGCGUGGGUGGGGGAGAGGGUGUGGGCGCAGCGGGGGAGGUGCAGCUGCGGGGAGCGGGCGGAGGGGGAUUUGAGCAGACGAGACAAGGGCGCGAGGGCGAGGCGGUGAAGGUCACUCUGCACGACUGCCUCGCGUGCAGUGGGUGCGUGACGACGGCGGAGACGGUGAUGCUGGAGCAGCAGAGCGCGCACCACAUGCUGCACCACCUGCCACCGCCAGGCUCCCACGCGGACAGCGCAGGGCAAACAGGGCAGGGGGGUGAGGGGCGCAAGGUGGUGGUGGUGUCGCUGUCGCCGCAGUCACGGGCGGCACUGGCGGCCCACUAUAAGAUCACGCCCCUGCAGGCCUUCCGCAAGCUGACGUCGUUCCUGCAUGCACUGGGCGUGGCAGCGGUGUUUGACACGAGUGCAUCGAGGGACGUGGCGCUCAUCGAGGCCUGCCAUGAUGGCCUGGCUGCUAUGCCGCAUGCAUUGUCCGAUCACCGUGCAGCCACAGGAGCAACACCAUUAGCACCAUCUGACAUGGUACCAGCUGCAGGUUCAGCAGCAGCAACAGAAGCAGCAGCAGCAGCAGAAGCAGCAGCAGCACGAGAGAGCAGUGCGGAGGCAGCACAAGAGUCUGGCCAGUCCGCCCCUCCCAAUGCCACACCGCCGCCCAUCCCCACUGACUCGCUGCCGCACCUGCCUGUGCUCGCCUCUGCUUGCCCUGGGUGGGUGUGCUACGCGGAGAAGGCCCACGGGGAGUACAUCCUGCCGCACAUGAGCCGUGUGAAGAGUGCCCAGCAGACCAUGGGCGCGCUGCUCAAACGCUUCUAUGCCUCCCGGCUCAACACCACUCCAGAGCAGCUGUACCACGUGGCAGUGAUGCCCUGCUACGACAAGAAGCUUGAGGCCGCCAGGGACGACUUCCUGCUGCCUGGGGGGGCGCAGGCGAGUGCGCAGGACGGGGGAGAGAAUACUCGAGAUGCAGAGGGCGGUGAGGAGCGGUUGACAGAGGUGGACUGUGUGCUGACGUCAGGGGAGAUCUUCGCACUGCUGCAGGAACAAGGAGUGGACUUCAUGGCUCUGGAAGAGCAUCCUCUCGACUCCAUGUAUGCCACCAUGCCAUCCCACCAUGCCAUGCCCAUGCCAUGCCCAUGCCAUGCCCAUGCCAUGCGCAUGCCAUGCCCAUGCCAUGCCCAUGCCAUGCCCAUGCCAUGCCCAUGCCAUGCGCAUGCCAUGCCCAUGCCAUGUCCAUGCCAUGCCAUUCCAUGUCACAUGCCAUGCCACCAUGCCUCACCUGCCCCUCCUGCCCCCCUUGUCCACCCUCCAGUUCUCCAGUCCAUUGAGCUCCUUCCACUGUCCACAUACGUUCAGAAUUGCUGCCUUUCCCAACCGCCUCGUCCUCCUUCCCUCAUCCCCCAUGAUGUCUCCACACACCUCUGGCAUCCACUUGCACAAUCACCUUCGCCGUCCAUCCCUUACCCUCUCCAUUCUUCAUCCACUUUUCCCCGCCGCACCACUUCAUCCACCCUUUCUCAUGCUUCUCGCUCGUCCCCACCCCCAAGGCUCACCAACGUGGACGCCAGCGGGCAUCUCUAUGGCGUGGCGGGCGGGUCAGGCGGGUACGCGGAGGCCGUGCUGCGCUACGCAGCGCUGGAGCUGUUUGGUGUGCACGUGCCCUUGGGCCCGCUGGAGUGGCAGGCGGUGCGCAACGCGGACAUGCGCGAGUGCAGUGUGGCGGUGGACGGGCAGCCCGUGCUGCGCGUGGCAUGUGCGUACGGCUUCCGCAACAUUCAGAACGUGCUGCGCCGCGCCAAGCAGGGCCGCUGCCCAUACCACUACGUGGAGGUCAUGGCCUGCCCCGGAGGUGAGAGUGGAUGGGUGGGUAGCCGGGGGGCUGGAGGUGGGGGGGAAAGUCGCCUGUACCAGUACCACCACACCAUGUGGAGUUCAUGGCUUGCCCUGGCGGGUAGAGGAGGCCAAGGCGCAGGGGGCCUGGAGCGUCCACCGGAGCAGCGCAAGGCGCAGCCAACGAGGAGCUACCUUCAGGACCUGGAGGCUCAUUACCUGGCCCAGGUGGAAACGCGCAGCCCAUUCGCCAAUCCGCUAGCCCAGCAGAUCUACUCCCAGUUCCUGGGCUCGCCUCUCUCCCCCUCCGCACAAGCUGUGCUGCACACCUCCUUCCAUGCUCGCCCCAAAACGCUUGCUCUCUCUGCACCUACACUUGCUGCUAGCUGGUAG